AUUUUAUCGUUUGCCAUUUAAUAAAAAUUGAAAAUACGAUUUGUCAGUUUGUAGAGUAAAAAUUUAUACUUUUUAAUAAUAAAUAGAUAUAAUACCACAGAGCAUUCAUUAUUAUAUAAUCUUUCCGAAAUGUCUUACGAUAACUCAUACAGCUUCGAACGAAUACUUUUGUAGUUUGUACUGAUUGUACCUUCACCUAUAUAAACACAACAAAACGAGAAGAAUGUCUUUAAUAGAAGGUGUUGGGGAUGAAGUGGUGCAGUUCGUGGUUGUUGUGUUGGUUGUGGUGGUAGCUUCUCUAGCUUGGUGGUCCACCAAUGCAAGACCUGAUAGAUACAGAACUGUACUUGUGAUGAGAUCUCGACCCCAUCACCCUGUUACAGUCAGCAUUUUAACGAGAUCAAACAUAACCAAUACCCAAGUAAAUACUACACCACCGUCAACUUUAGAACCUAUAGCUGCAAAUAACACAAGUUCUGAUAAUGAGAACAGCAGAGACAAUAGAGUGAUACCUCUACAGGAAAUGGACAGCAUUGUUGAUGCAGAUAUGGCGAUGUUGAACAACAAUCGUUUACAUUUCUAUCGAAGGAUUGAUUCUCCUCCUAAUAACCAAAUCAUCUCUGAAACUCAAAGUGAAGAAACAGAUAACAUGGAGGAACAAGAGCCUGCAAGCAACGCUCAGAUAAGAGAGAUGGACAGUAUAGUCAGUGCCAUGGAGGCUGAUGUCACAACUGGAUGUGACUUUUUUACAAGAUCAAGUGAAUCACAUUCUAAUUCAAAACCAAAAUCAGCAAUAUCCAGUCAAAAAGAAGAAUCCUCUACAGACCGAGAAAUUGCUGAUGUUGAGACAGAAAAUGCCGUCGGGACAUCUAGUGAUGUAAUAGACAGUGCUGGCGAUGAAAGAAAAAUACUAAUUAAGCUUAAAUAUCUAAAUGACACGUUAAAAGAAGUAGAAGGAAGCCUUGAUGAACUUUUAAAGGAUUUCAAACAACGGCACUUCUCGGCGGAGUUGUGCGCCGACCGUCGCGUUCGACUCAUUUUCCGUGGUCGCGUGCUAGGCGAUGAGGCUGCCACGCUGCGGGCGUGCGGCUUGCAUCACCAGGCCGUGGUGCACUGUCUCGUGCAUCCCUCCCACUCGCCGCGAUCGCCUCGCGUCGCCUCUCAGCAACAACAAAACUUAUCAGAGACAUCCACGAACGCCACUCACGAGCUGGUGACUGAGACCGCGGCGGUGCCGGAACGCGCGUGGGAUCUCGAGAACAUCCUUAUGACUCUAGUCUCUGUCGCGCUCACCGUAGUAUGGUUUUUCAGGUGUGAAUAUUCCAACAUGUUUACGGCCAGUGCCAGUGUCGCCCUAUUUGGAUUGACCGUGUUCUAUAGUGUUGCAAUUUUUGGUCUUUAUCUAUCAGAUACAUUCCAUUUCGAUCGACGACCUGCGCAACCCUUACCCAAUAACUAAAACGAAUCUAAAUGUACACAUUACUUUUGAACCGCCUUUUAUAAACUUUAAUGUAUUUCAUGAGCCUGUGGUUGGUUUAUGUAAUAUUAAAUCGAUGAUAAAAAAUAUAUAUAUAUUACCACAGUAUAUUUGCUCAUAAAACAUUUUAGCUUGUAUUGCAACAUCUAAAAUAGUUUGCUGCGUGAAGAUAUUUAAUGCAUAAAAAUCUUCUCGAAGUUUCUAAUAUAAAAAUGUUUUAAAAUUUUGGAUAAAAUGCUUGCGUAAAGUGAAAUUAAUAUAGAUAUAAUUUAGUCAAACAGAGGAAGUACCAAAUAAUAAAUUAGGUACAAUUUUCUAUAAAAUAACACUACAGAGUGUGAUAUUUUUCAUCAUUUUUAAAAUGUUUUAAUCAGAUAAUAUUUUAUGCUUCCUUGACUUGAGUAUAAAUAAAAAAUACUUAAUUAUUAUUAAAAAUUAGCAUACAUUCAUGUAAAGCACAAAACCUUUUUAUUUUUACCGUCCAAAUAAUCUCAAUCAUGAUUGUACCGCUUAUUUAUUUAAUUAAAAUGGAUCAUAUCGCCAUCAUAAAAAUACUAGUGACAGUAUCUGAAUAAGUAUUCAGCAACUGUAGGAUAUACAAUUCCUGAAAUAGUAAUUAUUAUCUGUUUGAAUUCAUUCAAAUAUAUCACAUAUUUACUUAUACCUUUUUGCUUUUGAGGUCAAAACGUAAACAAGCUAUUAUUAUUAAAAAAAAUUCCAUUAAUAUCUGUAAAGUAAUAAGUAGUACCCUAAGGGUAAUUUAAUCAAUUAGUGAAUUUGUAAAUCAAUAUUAUAAUAGACAUAUUUUAUGGUGAAAUAAAAAAUGUAAUUCUAAUGUAUAUAUCUGACUAGAUCAUUACCUCAUCACUUUAAUCAUUAUUAUUAUUUCAGUUUUGUGAAUUUAAAAAAAAACGAUUUUAUCUUUACAAAAUGACUACAUUACAUUUAUUUAUAAAUAAUAUACAUACAUUUGGAACAAACGUAGAUGAAAUAUUGCAUCUGUAUCAAAAUCUGUAAAUUUCUAAAAUAUAAAUUGUAUUCUAAAUACAGUUUGUAUUAUAACUUGUAUGAUCGCGACAUGAUCCGAUGCUGGUAUGCUGGCGACGGUUUUUGUUUAUAAUAGAUUGAAUAUAUUUAUCUAAAUGCAUAAAAUCAUAACUGGGUUCAGCGAAUGUAAAUAAAAAUAGGUUAAAAAUUAAUGUAUUUAAUAAGAAAUACGGUGACUGCUGCACACUUUAGUUAUCUGAAACAUCAUAGUUGGCGCGAUUUCUCGUGUAUAUUGUACAUUAAUUUUCUGCUGAAACAUUUUAUUGUUAUUUAAUUUUUAAGUUCAUGCAAUAAACUUAAA